GUUCCUGUGGUAAGGAAUGGGGGAGGAAGGGGAAGCAGACUCAGUUCUACUAGUUUGAAUAAUCUCAGCAGGCUCUGGGGUUCAGGGCCUGUCUUGAGUUGUCCAGCACCUGGCCCUGGGGUGAUUAGGGCUAGAGAAGAGUGGCCUAUAGUGUGAGAGCCUAUAAGAGUAGGAGGUGGUUGGAGGUAUAGGAUCUGGAUUGGUUAGUUUGCAUAUGAAAGGUGUGCUCUGCAGCCUGGCCCUGCGGAAGGACAGUUAGACCCUAAAUGUCAAAACCCUGGGUGUGGUGGCUUACACCUGUAAUCCUAGCACUCUGGGAGGCCCAGCCAGGUGGAUUGCUUGAGCUCAGGAGUUGGAGACCAGCCUGAAUUAGAGCAAGACCCUGGCUCUAAAAAGAAUAGCCAGGCAUUGUGGUGGGGGCCUGUAGUCCUAGUUACUCAGGAGGCUGAAGCAAGAAGAUUGCUUGGGUUCAAGAGUUUGAGGUUGCUAUGAGCUAGGAUGCCAUGGCACCAAGAGUGACAAAGUGAGACUUUGUCUCAAAAAAAAAAAAAGAAAAGAAAAAAGACUUGCUUGAUACAGUGUUUAAUCUAAGUUUCCUUGGUAACCAUAGAUACUAAAAUCAAGAGAGGAGCCAGGCAUAGUGGCUCACACCUGUAAUCCUAGCACCCUGGGAGGCUGAGGCAGGAGGAUUCCUUGAGCUGAGGAGUUCGAGAUCAGUUUAAGCAAGAGUGAGACCUCAUCUCUACUAAAAAUAGAAAAAUUAGCCAGGCGUGUUGGGGCAGGCACCUGUAGUCCCAACUACUUUGGAGGCUGAGGCAGGAGGAUCACUUGAACUGGGGAGUUUGAGGUUGCUGUGAGCCAUGAGGAUGCCAUGGCAUUCUAGUUUGGGGCAACCGAGUGAGACUCUGUCUCAAAAAAUAAAUAAAUAGAUAAAUAAAGGGAGAGAACAAAUCCUAGUUUGGUCACCACCCUUUAAAGUGCUAUAGUCAGGAGUAGCUUCCUCACUUCUGCCAAGAACUGAAACUUCCCAAUCCCCACAUCAACAACAGAGUUUCAUUUCCAUUAUAUGAAGGGCUGAGUGACCUGGCUCCCUCCUACCCAGCUGGCCUCCUCUCCCUUCAGCUCUCUAGCGUUCCAGAUCCUCCAGGAAGUGCCUUCCUUUUGCUUGGCUGCCUUCUCUCCACCCUCCAGGUUUCCAGCUCCAAGGUCAUUUUCAAAUCUGACCUUCACAGCCCUCUUGGUCAGUUGUCUGUCCCCACCACUGCUUUCUCUCAGGCCUGAGUUUCUUUCCUUCAUUCCAUCCUUCAUAAUUAGAAACACCUUUGUUUGAGACUUUGUUUACUCAUUGCUUAUUCAGCUUUCCUGCUAGAAUGUGAGCCCAAGAGGGCAGGGACUAUGUCUUGUUUAAUAUGGAACCCUCAGAGCCUGGCUAGUACAGAGCUUGGUAGAAUAAACCUCUGUUAAAUGAAUGAAUGAGCAAACUAAUGGGUGAAUGAAUGAACAAACAGAGGAGUUGAUGUUUAGGACCUGUGGAUCUGGAGCCAUGGGGAACACAAGCAGCUUCAGAGAAGGCUGCUUUGCUUCGCAGUGCCCUUGUUCCUCUUGGCCUCCUACUCGCUUUUCUUUCUAACCAGUUCUUUGUUGUCCUCUGCUCAUUCACGACAGCUGACCACACCUGGUCCUCAUUGCCAGCUGUGGCUUCUAUAGUUGACAGCCAAAAAGUACCAAAAAGUACCUCUUCUUAAAGAGCACUUUGCAGAAAUUUUGCUCUUUUUUCAUUAAGUUUGAGUAAGAAGGUUUUACCUUGUAGGAGAGCCUAGUAACAUCUCUACGAAUUUUUUAAUUCAAGUUCCCAAGAAAGUAGUCUGAUUGCCCCAAUCCAUUUCUUUGAGCUAAGACACUGCAGAGGUCACUCUGCCUGGCCUUUGGAUUGGCCACUGUUGGAUCAGGUGAUGCCUCUGGUCCAAGAGCUGACCCUUGGAGUGUAAGUCACACCAGCAAGGCAGUGAGUGACAGCAUUUCUGUUUUUCAAGGGGCAUGUGGAUAGAACAGGCAAGAAUUGCUGUUUCUAAGUCCAGAGCCCAGAAUGGACACAUUGAUUCUAAAAUAACUAUACCUCUAUUACGUGGAUGCGUGAGUAUGAGGUCAUCACCUGGGUGGGGCAGGGCGGUUUGAACCAGACAAAGACGGAACCCAAGCUGGGCACAGGCAGUGCACACGGUUCUGUCAAGAGCCGAAGAUGGCAGUGAAUGUACACUGGACAUCAGUCACUGGUAAUAACUUAAGUCGUCAUGACGUACUGGCCCGGAUCAAUAAGUCUCUGCAGCUGCAUCUGACAAAGAUCGAACAGUUGUGUUCAAGGGCUGUCUAUUGUCAGUUUAUGGACAUGCUGUUCCCUGGCUCCAUUGCUUUGAAGAAAGUGAAAUUCCAAGCUAAGCUGGAACAUGAGUAUAUCCAGAAUUUCAAAGUAUUACAAGGAGGUUUCAAGAAGAUGGGAAUGGGAGUUGAUAAAACCGUUCCUGUGGAUAAAUUAGUAAAAGGAAAGUUUCGGGACAAUUGGGAAUUUGUUCAGUGGUUUGACAAGUUUUUUCAUGUAAACUAUGAUGGAAUAGCCAGACAAGGUCAAGAAAUUUCAGUGGCUUCCUUCUUUGGUACUCCAGGUCCGCAUAAACCAAAGAUUGGCCCUGACAUGGUGGGAAAGAAUCUUGGCGUGAGGGCGGCGCCUGGCCGUACAGUGAGACUCUGUCUCUACAAAAAAAAAAAAAAAAAGAAUCUUGGCGUGAGUAGCAGGGAUGACCAGGCAGCCAAGUUGAUGAAGCAGAUCAGAGUAUUGCAACUUGCCCUUGAAGACUUGGAGAAAAAGAGAGAUUUCUACUUCAGAAAGCUAAGGAACAUUGAAUUGAUUUGCCACGAGAACAAGGGGGAAAAUGACUUUGUAUUGCAGAGGAUAGCAGACAUUGUCUAUGAUACACAUGAAGGGUUUAUGUUACUUACGAAGGAACAAGAAGAGUAUUAACAGCCUGGAGCAGCAGAACAUCUGAAUUCUUCAUGCCAAGAAUAUGCUUAAUUGCAAAAUAUUCUCCUUUAUUAAGUGCCUCUUCUUAAAGAGCACUUUGCAGAAAUUUCACUCCUUUUUCAUUAAGUUUGAGUAAGAAGGUUUUAGGAGAGCCCUAGUAACAGCUAGUUGGUUCACCUGGGGAGCAGAGAGGCUGCGGCAGCAGUGGGUGGGUGGGUGGGGAGGUUCACUGUGUGAACCUGGGAGCAGAGAGGCGGCUGGGGAGGGGGAGAAGUUCAUCAUUGCAUACAACAAAGGUGUUAUGUAAUAUGCUGAGGUGGUGACCUUAGUAGAGCAAUGUAAAGACUGAAUUGAAUUUUAAGCUAAUGUGAAAUCUUGGCAGAGAACAUUGUAAUAAAUAAAUGCCUUGGGGGUAUUUAAAAUAUGCUUUCAUAUUUCAAAGUAUAACAUAUAAUAUGA